AGCAUCAGCGAGUCAAGUUGCAGCAUUGUCGUUGGUGAUUUUAAUCUCCCAAAAAUAGACUGGUCAUAUGAUAAUGCAUCGCCAAUUAACAAUGGAGAACAAACUAUUGGUGAUAUCUUUUGCAAACUUGUUGGUGAUAAUUUUCUAUAUCAGUUCAUAGAUGGCCCCACACACACAGCCGGGAACAAGCUAGAUCUAGUUCUGUGUAACUACCCUGAUGUAAUCGAUGAUGUAAAAAAUGUGAUUUCCAAACAGAUCACUCCAUAAUCGAUUUUAAUAUCAACCUGGACUUUCAACGGACUAAGCCUGUAAAGCGCAAGGUUUAUCACAUGAAAAAAGCUGACUUUGAAGGUCUAAACAUAAGUCUCGGUGAAAUGGGUCUGAAAGUUGAAAACACUGGUGAUAUUGAUCAACUGUGGUCCUCCUGGAAAGAUGCAUUCCUGGCAGCUGGAAAAGAUCAUAUUCCAACUAGAACUGUAAAAGAUACAAAUUCCCCUCCCUGGGUUGACAACAAAGUUCGCAAUUUUAUUCGCAAGAAAUACUUGACAUUGAAAAAGUACCAUCAGAACAAAACUGAAACAAGAAAACGAAAGUUGAGAGAGCUUAGUAAGAUUGUCAAGUUACUCGUGAAAAGAAAACAUAAAGAAUAUCUAUCUAAAAUAGAGAAGUCUUUCUCAACUAAUCCUAAAGUUUUCUGGUCUUACGAUGAAGCCAUAUUACAUCAUCGGUCGAAACAGAGCACCAAUAUCACAUACAAUGGCAUUAUGGCAAAAUCACCGGCUAAGAAAGCUGAGCUUCUUAAUCUAUACUUUACCUCAGUGUUUACAAAACCGAGUAGUGAAAUCAAUGGAGAUGAGGUUGAAUAUGAAGAUAUUUCAAAUGUGACAAACAUUGGUCAAUUGCAAGUGAGUGUGCAGGAAGUUAAUUCGACCUUAGAAAUUUAG